AUGACCACCGGAAACAAAUCUGUCCUCAUCAUUGGUGCCACUGGUGCCCUUGGUCUGCAACUGCUACGUCACCUUGCCAAGAAUUCCAGCAUUGGAGAGGUCCAUGUCAUGGCUCGCACCCCCAGCAAACUUGAAUCUGCCGAUCGAGCUCUUGCAGCUUCUGUGCAGAAAGGAAAUGCUAGAGAUGCCAAUGAUGUGGAAACUGCCUUGCGCAACUCAAAGGCAAACUAUGUGAUUCUCGCAACUGGAAAUGGCCACGACGUUUCAAAGUCUGAUACUCGUGAAGCAACCGGUCGUGCCUUGGCUUUGGUUUUGAAAAAGCCAGAGUUCUCCAACAUCCAGGCUGUCGUCAUGAGUAGCCACGGGGUUGCUGAAACCAAUGUGAUUAUUGGAUUUGGUCUUGGUAUGCUUCUCGCUUACUAUUUGCGCCAUGUUUUUGUGGAUCAUGAGAAACAGGAAGCUGAAUUCGAUAGUUUGACGGAGCGUACUCUUGUGGUUCGUCCCAGUGGUUUGUCAGAUGACAAGGCAAUUGAAAACUUGGAUUACAUCGUUGAGUUUGAUGGAAUCAAAAAAGGCCCUUCCAUCAACAUUGACCGUUCGGAUGUUGCUGCCUGGGUGACCAGGGAGAUCGCCAGCUCCAAGGCUUUCAUCGGUGGUCGCAAGGUGUGCUUGACCAAUGCCAAGAAUCUCCCAAAGAAAGUGUGA